AUGGCCUCGAGUGGCCCCGAGGAAGGGGUGGCCGAGAUAGAACCGGCCUCCGGUGAGAGCUCCCGCUCAUGGCCUGCCGGGCCCUCGUCCGGCGCUGGGCCUUGCCGGCGGCCGCUUCUUUCCAGCCAGGGCGAAGAAGAGGGGGAGGCCGACCCAUUGCCAGCCCAGUACCCGUCCCACCUGGGGGCCGUGCCAGGGCGGGACAAGGUGGCCUUGUACUGCGACAGGCUGCUGCGGGGCUGCAAGGCAGAAGAUGCCAAUAAAGCAAUGAGUAAAUAUCUUCUGGAGAAAUUGAAGGUGAAAGAAAAAUGGCUUGGAGUCUGGAAGACCAAUCCAGAGCUUUUCUUCAUCAAUUCUGAAGAUGUCCUUAUACCUUUUGUUGGAAUACUUGUUGAAGAUUCCUGUGACAGGUUCCUCCCCGGGGUGCCACCUAGAACUGGGGUAUCACUGAGCUCUCUGACCCACCAGCUCCCUUUCACACUGUGUUGCCGUGACAAGUUGCAAAGCCCUCCAGGCUUGCACUCACCAGUAUUCACACAGGUUACUUGCAAACCAUCUCAGAGCACCUCAUCUCACUUGAAAGCUUCUAUAUCUGUUGCUGAACCAUUUUCCUCUAAUAUUGCAAAUAUUCCAAGAGAGCUUGUUGAUAAUGUUUUGGAGGAACUGGACCAUUGUGUACCUUUGCUGGAAAUCUACCCUGUCGAGGGGCAGGAUAUGGUAGUAUUUGAUAUUGCCCAGGCUUUGGACGUUGUGAGGUUUUUCUACGACUUCCUUUGGAGGGACUGGGAUGAAGAUGAAAGUUGUGAGACCUAUGCGGCACUGGUAGAAGAGAGAAUUAAACUUUGGUGUGAUAUUGAUAAUGGAACUAUUCCUGCUCCAAUUGGUCAACGUUUUAGAAAAAAUCUGGAGAAGUAUAAAAACAUGCAUUUGGAAUUGAUUCAGUACCAAAGUAAUAUUAAAGAAGAACCUACAGCAGAAGAAGCUGUUGAAUGUUGGAAAAAAUACUAUGAACUAGUAAUGCUAUGUGGAUUGCUGAAAAUAUGGGAGGACCUUCGCCUCAGAGCUCAUGGACCUCUGACCCCAAGGAUACUGAGGCGUAGGAGAGGACACAGAGAUGAUGGGAAAGCUGUAACUCAUAUUGUAGCUAAAACAAUUACAGCAGAAAUGGUUAAGGAUUUUUCUGUUGAGACACUGCUUCAACAACAUGAUAAUUUAAACAUGGCUUUGGAUAGCUGUUACAGUGGCGAUAGUGUGGUCAUUUUCCCGGGAGAAUAUAAGGCUGUAAACCUCUCCAUGUUAACUGAGGAUAUUAUUAUUCAAGGAGCUGGAAAGCCAGAAGAAAUUGUGAUCGUUUCAGAGCCUACUCAUGAGAGUUUUGUGGUAUCCAAAGCCCAAAAUGUGAAACUAAUGCACCUCACUUUAGUACAACAGGGGACUGUUGAUGGUAUUGUGGUGGUUGAAUCUGGUCAUAUGACUUUUGUAAACUGUAUAUUGAAAUGUGAAGGAACUGGAGUCUGUGUGCUUACUGGAGCUUCUCUGACUAUUACAAACAGUGAGAUUACUGGAGCUCAGGGUGCUGGUGUUGAGCUUCACCCAGGAAGCACAGCCAUUUUGGAGGGUAACAAAAUUCACCACUGCAAUAACUUCAAAACCAGUGAGAGUUCACAGGGUGCCCUAGGUGGAAUUAACAUUAAGGUUGUUCCUGUCCCUAAACUGAAGAUGAAAAAUAAUCACAUUUAUAGUAACAAUGGUUAUGGAGUGACCAUCCUUCAGCCUAUGGACCAACUCUCUAAUACAGGAGGGAUACUGGAAUUUACUGCAUCAGGAGAUGCAGAGGAAGAUCUGCUUUCCAAACUAAUGCAUGAAUUGAGCCUAGAGAUGAGUAGUAACACACUAGAUGAUAUCAAGGGUCUCAGCAUAGUUAAUAGUUAA